UCAUACGUAUAAGUAUGGACACUGUUACCAGUGCCCCAGACGUGAGACAAUGUGACCUGUGUGAGACUGUUGAGGUAGAGAUACACUGUGAUUCUUGCCUUGCCAAUCUGUGUAAGUCUUGUGUUGGAGCACACAUGAUCACUGAUGAAUCCAAGGACCACAAACUCAUCAAAUUGCAGUCCAGGAAAUCUACCCGCCUCUACCCUGAAUGUAAAUAUCAUAACAAACAACAAUGCAUAAUGUACUGUAAUCAAUGUGAAAUUCCUGUGUGUAAAAUGUGCCUUGCAUCUGAUCAACAUAGAAGUCAUCAGGUAUCAGAAAUCUUGAAAGUUGUGAAUGAAAAAAAGGAUAAAUUAAUCAAAGAACGAAACGAAUUAAAUGAGACAGUUUAUCCAAGCUACCAGGACAUUGCCUCUGAUGUACAACAUAGAAUGCGUCAGUUAGAAAAGGAAUAUGGAGAUCUUUCUUCAGCAAUAACAAAACAUGGUAGGGCCUGGCACAGAGAAAUUGAAAAACUUUUAAUAAAACUUCAAGCUGAAGUUGAUGAGAUGAAAAAUACACAGUUACAAACUCUACAAAAACAUCUGGAUGAAAUAAACAAGAACAUUUCUGACAUUAAGAAUGAAAUCAUAUCAAUUGAAAGGGCUAUAGAUGCCAAUGACUUGUCGAAACUUUUUGAUAUCACAUCCAAUGCACAUAUAUACAGUAAUCUUCCACAAAAAAUUUCUCCUUCUCUACCAAAAUUCAUUCCAGGAAAAAUUCAAGGAGAAGAAUUCAGUAAACUAUUUGGAGCCCUAUCACCAAGUUCUUUAACAUCAGAUGAAUCCGGCUACAGCAUGAAAUUAACACAUAAAUCAACAGAAACUGGAUCCUCUCCUCCAGUCAAACAGCUGCUUGACGAACCAGAAAUUGUUACAAAUAUAGACACUGGGUAUGAAUACCUUAUCAAUGUGGCCUGUCUGAGUGACGAAGAAAUCUGGACAAGGGGAAAUGACAGCACCAUGAAACUCUUCAACAUCAAUCAGGGAUCACUACUCAAAUCAAUCAAAACCAAGUCAGGUAACAUACCAUGGGACAUAGCAGUAACGAAAAGUGGAGCUCUAGUUUACACCGAUGUCAGUGACAGAACUGUGAACAUUGUGAAGAAUAAGAAGAUAGAGAACGUAAUCAGACUCCAUAACUGGACACCACGUGGUGUCUGUGGCACCUCCUCUGGUGACCUCCUGGUUACCAUGUGUAGUCAUGACGACAAACAUUCAAAAAUUGUUCGUUAUUCCGGUUCCAUAGAGAAACAAACUAUUCAGUUUGAUGAUCAAGGAAAACCUCUCUAUUCGCUUUACACAUGUAUAACUGAAAACAGGAAUUUGGAUAUCUGUGUAUCUGACAACAAAGUUAGAGCUGUAGUGGUGGUCAAUAAGGCCGGGAAACUGAGAUUCAAAUAUACUGGACAUAUUCCUGCUCCAAAGAACAAAGCAUUCAUUCCACUAGGAAUCACCACAGACAGUCAGAGUCACAUCCUUACUACUGAUGAUAACAAUCACUGUGUCCACAUUAUAGAUAAGGAUGGACACUUCCUCCGUUACAUAGACUGUGGUCUGCGUGAACCUGUGGGACUUUGUACAGAUAUAAAUGAUAAUCUAUUUGUUGCUCAAUGGAGAAAUAGACAAGUGAAGAAAAUCAAAUACCUGGUCAGAUGUAUCACUGUAUAGAUUAAAUAAUAAUAAUAUAAUGUACUGCUGACGUUUUUCAUACCUUCAUACCAAUUGUUAGGAAAUUAUUUACACACUGACAUUUCUAAGGAUUUUUCCGUAUACUCGAUCAUUACAAGGAGCACACGGCGGGUGUGACCGGUCGACAGGGAAUGCCUACUCGUCUAUGGCACUUGAUCUCGCCUCUGAUGUUUUUGACGGUCCAAAGUUGCUAUGCUCCCGAUUUGUAUUGUUUAAAUGGACUAUGAGCUUGAAUACUGUUCGUUAUCUCCAUAUUUCAUAUUUUCUAGAUGAAAUUUACCAUUACGUAUAUAUCAGUUCAUUGGUUGUACUUAUGAAAAUUUCUGAAUUGCAAAACUGAGAAUAAAUUGCAGGUGAAGAAAAUGAAUAUUCUCAGUGAAAUCCACAACUGCAUGUCAUUUAGAUUCUAAAAUGAUGUUAGCAGCUAUAAUUUAUUUUUGAGUUUGUAGAUACUUCAUGUUCAAUAUUUGUGCAUUUUGUAGCAAAUAUUUAACUGCAUUACAUUUUCACAGUCAAGAAUGUCUGUGGCCCAAACAGUUUACUACCUUUCAAAAUCUUCAUUUUAUUCAUUAUACAUCCUUCUGUAACAGUUAACUUCAGUUAAAACCCUAAACCCAAAAUUAAACGUAGUUAACCACUAGAUAAUUAUAUUAAAUGAAUAUUUUUUUCUUUAAUUCUUAUAAAAACUGAUUUUCUUUGAUAAGUCAAUUAAUUUAAAACGACUUUUUGGUUUUUGAACCCUUCUGGUGAAAGAUUUCUUCAGAAGAGAGCGUUUCUACAAAUGUAACAUAUGAAUAAAUAAGACAAUAUUUUACGUGCUUUCAUCCACUUUAUGCAUAUGAUUUAUACACCCAUAAAUAAUAACAAUACAAUAAUUCUAUAAGAUGUAAACGCUUACUCAGGUUACUGCAAUUUUUAUUUGCAAUGGUUGCAACCAUUAGUCCCCAUAUAUAAUUUCAAAGAAAUGAUUAGGUAAACUCAAAACCCCCUCACUCAUUUGAUACAAUUCAAGUCAGCAUAUUUUAUCUGUUCAAUUGAAUAAUUAUCCCUUUCACAGGGUAAAUAUCCAUCACUAAUUCCUGAACAUUACAUCAUUAUAACAAUUCAAGUAUUCAUACAUUUUACAGAAAAGAAUACAAAAACAAAGCUGAAAUAUCAUACUUUAAUGUCACUAAAUCAUGAUUUCAAUAAGAUGGUCUCAAUUUGACAUUGUAUUAAGAAUACAUAAUACAAACAAAAACUUGAUGCAUGAAUUGAUAUUUUUAACAUUGUGACAAAACUUUAAAGAUAUUUCACUUGACAUGGCAAACAUUAUUCGAGUUACCUAUUUGAAUGUAAAUCUAAUAUGAGAAGUGUUAAUUGCUGAUUUCUGAAAAAAGUUUGUAUUAUUUAUCCUUAAUAUACAUUUUACUCCAGUAAGUCCAAACUCAAGCAAACCUGAUCGCAAUCUUUGUGCUUGUAUUUUAGAUAACCUUGAUG